AGUAUCGAUCGAGAAUAUCGAACAUGUAAACAGUAAGCAAUUGACAGCUGGCUUGUCAAACUGCUAUUCACAAAAGUGUUUUAAGUUUUUUUUAUUUUUUUUUUACUUCAGUAUAUCGGUCUUAAGCUAUUCAUAAAGGAAAAAUUGCAACCAUUUUGCCUUAAAAGUGGAAUGAAGUCUUGCGUGCUUGUAAUCUUAUAGUAAAAUGCGUCAGCUACUAUCUUUUGCUUAUCAGUCGUUAUCUUUAACGGUUUUGUUUGCUGAAAAGUAACCAGGCAGAAAAAGUAUGCUUGCGAGAGAGCACAGUUCGAGCAGCUGAACACCUAGUUGGACAUAGUUGGAUGAACAAUGGCAAGGAACGUGCCGGAUAAUGAAGAUGGCGGCGAGGACAAGGAACAGAGCGCGUUCCAUGAUGUGAACUUGGAUGCCAGUCUGGAUGAGGAACUUGAAGACAACUACAAAGACCUGGGAGUGGGAACGGGUACGUUCGGCCCUCGAUCGCCGUACCGGCCCUACCUGCGCACCACUGCACAGUACAUCCCAGGGCAGAGGUUCUCCAGGUACAGAAAUGCCCUCAAGAACUUGAUCCCGGUGCGAAAGAAGCAGAGGUCCAAAGAUUUUAUAGCAGUGGACAAGGCCGGACUAUUUUCUUCGAUAACGUUUUCGUGGAUGUCUCAGUACAUGUACAAAGCUUACAAGAAGGGACUGUACCCAGAAGAUAUUCCUCAUGUGUCUCCAUUCGACUCAAGUGAUUUGAAUGCUCAGAGACUGGAGCUGCUUUGGCAGAAGGAAGUGACGCAGAAGGGGCGAAAAGAUGCCUCGUUUGGCCGCGUGGUGUGGAGGUUUGUCAGGACGAGAGUUUUGAUCUCGUCGCUUUUGUUUUCACUCAGCCUUGCCAUUGGCUUUGUCAGCCCAACAAUAUUCAUGCGCAAAUUACUCGAGUAUGCCGAAGAUGGAAAUGGAACGGCAGAAGAAGGUGUGAAGUGGGCUGUGUGUUUGACUCUAGCCGAAUUUUUCAGGAUAUUUUUUUUCUCAUGGAAUUGGGGGAUGAAUUACAGGACAGCUGUUCGCCUGCGUUCUGCCUGCCUCACCAUGUUGUACAAGAGAGUAAUACGCCUCAGCAAUUUUAGAGAUGUUGGACAGUUGAUAAACAUCUUCGGGACGGACAGCCAGCGGAUAUUCGACAUGGUGCUGUUUGGCCCGAUGAUCGUGGGCGGACCGCUGAUGAUGGCCUGUGGCGUCGGCUACGUGUUGUGGUUGCUGGGACCGUGGGCCCUGCUCGGCAUGCUGGUCUUCCUGGUGUUCUACCCGGUGCAGUACGGCUUGUCUCGCCUGAUCGGCUACUUGAGAGGAAAGACCGUCUCGGUGGGUGACAAGAGGAUAAGGUUGGUGACGGAAGUACUUGAGUCCAUCAAGCUCAUCAAGAUGUAUACGUGGGAGAAGUUUUUCUCGAAGAAACUGCUUGACGUCAGGGCCCAGGAGUCGUCCUGGCUGAUGAAGGCUGCUUGCUGCCACUCCCUCAGCAUCUCCUUGGCCCCUACGGUCCCGGUGAUCUCCGCCAUCGUCACGUUCCUCGUGCACGUCGCCGCCGGGAACAGCCUCACCGCCGCGCAGGUUUUCCCAUUUGUGGCCAUACUGAACUCACAGAUACGAAAUUCUUUCAACGUUCUUGAAAUCGGCAUUCAAAAUUUAUUUGAAUCGAAGGUGGCAUUCCAGAGGUUAAAGGGUGUACUUUCGCUGGAAGACAUUGGUUGGUCCCCCAUUCGGCCGAUUGACAAGUCACAAGCUGUUUGCAUCAAUAAUGGGACAUUUUCUUACCCUACUGCAGAAUUACCAGACUCAAGAACCAAGAAACAAAACAAAAAGAUAAAGAGGAAAGAUGUACUGGCAAGCAAGACUGAAAAGGAACACCUUCAGCCAUUGGCUGAUGGCGAGACACAGUAUCUCAAUGUGCUCUUUGACAUCAACAUCCAGUUGGAAAAGGGUCAGCUGGUGGGGGUGUGCGGCCCGGUGGGGGCGGGGAAGUCGUCUCUGCUGCUGGCGGCUCUCGGCCAGAUGAGGAUAGCCGGCGGCCACGUGGCCCGGGACGGCUUGUGCGGCUACGUCAGCCAGGAGCCCUGGAUCCUCAACGCAACCCUGAAGGACAACAUUCUGUUCGGAGAGAAGUUUCGAGCCAAAAGAUACUACGAUGUUCUCUACUCCUGCUGCCUGACUGAGGAUAUCAACUCGUUGCCUGGGGGUGAUGAAACUGAGAUUGGAGAGAGGGGCAUUAAUCUGUCUGGUGGUCAGAAGCAACGCGUCUGCCUGGCCAGAGCCGUGUACGCCAACAGAGACAUAUACUUCCUGGAUGACCCACUGAGUGCAGUGGAUGCUCACGUGGGGGUCCAUCUCUUUGAGAAGUGCAUAAGGACUGCCCUGAAGGAGAAGACAGUAGUGUUCGUCACUCAUCAAGUUCAGUUCCUGAAGCACUGUGAUGAGAUUUAUGUGAUGAAAGAUGGCCGUGUAGUGGAGCAUGGGAAGCAUACAGAACUUGUGGACAAACGUCAUGAGUACUACUCAAUGAUGCAGGCGAGCAUGGCUGGGUCAGAUCAGAAUUAUAAUGACAAAGAAGAAGAAGGAGAAGUCCCAGCGGACGGCUUGCAGAGAAACAGCGUCGGUUCUGCUGCCAGCAUAGAAGAAAUUACACAGAACCCGAACGCUGCAGGGCAGCAGCUGACCACGGCCGAGAAGACGGAGCGGGGCAGCGUCAAGGCGCAGACGUACCAGCGGUACAUCUCGGCGGCCGGGGGGGUCUGCGUCCUCCUGUGCGUCGUGGUGAUGUUCCUGCUGAACGUUGGCAGCACUGCGUUCAGCUCCUGGUGGUUGGCCAUGUGGAUCAGCGCAGGGGGAGGGAAUGUUACAGUGGUUGUGAACAACCAGACGGUGUUGAGUCGGGACAUCAACGACAACCCGGACCUGCCCACGUACCAACUCGUGUACGCGGCCAUGAUCGCAGUCAUACUCGCGACAAGCUUGCUUCGAGGUCUCGUCAUCACCAAGGUUACUUUAAGGGCAUCCAACAAUCUGCACAACAGUCUUUUUAAGCGAAUGAUGUGCAGUCCGAUGUCUUUUUUUGAAACAACUCCUACUGGCCGUAUUCAGAAUCUUUUCUCACGAGACAUGGAUGAAGUGGACUCACGCUUGCCAAUAAACAUAGAGAGCAUGCUGCAGAACAUUUGGACCAUCGUGUUUGCGAUCAUGUUCAUUUGCCUGGCGUUCCCUUGGUUCAUCAUCCCGUUGCUGGUUCUCGCAGUCGUAUACUACUUUAUCAGCAAGAUAUUCAGGGUGGCGGUGCGAGACCUGAAGCGUUUGGAGACGGUAUCUCGGUCGCCAAUAUUCAGCUGGGUCAGCACAACCGUGCAAGGACUUACUUCUAUCCACGCCUUCAACAAGGAAGGAGAGUUCACAGAAAAGUUCAUGCAGAUGUUCGACGAGAACACGACGUGCUUGUUUCUCUCCUCUAUUGCCAUGAGGUGGCUCGCAGUCCGAGUCGACUCUUUAGCCGUGUGCACAGUGUGCGUAACUUCGUUCCUGGUGAUCUUCCUGCACGGGCAAGUGCCGGCAGCUCUGGCGGGGUUGGCACUCGCCUACUCGUCGCAGAUCAGCGGAGUGUUCCAGUACACCACGCGGCUGCUGUCUGAAACGGAGGCUCGCUUCAUCUCCGUCGAGAGGAUAAAUGCCUAUUACGAGAGUUUAAAAACAGAAGGAGGAAGCGGCAAGAAGAUUAAACCCACGUCUAGUUGGCCCCUAAAAGGCAUAAUCAGGUUCCAGAACGUCUACCUGCGAUACAGGGAGGGCUUGCCGCAUGCCCUCAAAAAUGUUUCCUUCACAGUCCUCGAUGGAGAGAAAAUAGGCAUAGUUGGCCGCACCGGAUCGGGCAAGAGCUCCCUGGUGGCAGCACUGUUCCGCCUGGUGGAGCUGUCAGACGGCAAGAUCAAGAUAGACGGGAUGGACAUAGCAGACAUCGACCUUGAGCAGUUGCGCAGCCGCAUCGCCGUCAUUCCCCAGGAUCCCGUGCUGUUCUCUGGGACAGUCAGAUCCAACCUCGACCCGUUUUCAAAGAACAGCGACCAGGAGCUGUGGGACGUGCUGGAGAAGGUCGGUUUGAAGGGGAAGGUGUCGGCAAUGGCCGGCCAGCUGGCGGCGGCCGUCGGGCAGGCCGGGGGCAACCUGUCGGUGGGGGAGCGGCAGCUUCUCUGCCUCGCUCGGGCUCUGCUGCGCAACUGCAAGGUACUGGUGCUGGACGAGGCGACGGCGUCCGUGGACCCUGGGACGGCGGCGGCCGUGCAGGAGACAGUCGGGAGGGUGUUCGAGGCGUGCACCGUGCUAGUGGUCGCGCACCGCCUCUCCGCCGUGCAGGCCAGCGACCGCGUGCUCGUCAUGGGCAGCGGCGAGGUCAUGGAAUUUGACACGCCCACAAACCUUUUGUUGGAUCCAAGCUCUCAUUUCUACAAAAUGAUGGCGGUGACAGAUGCAUCCGUGGGAGGCCAGCGGCAGUUGCAAACCUCGGAGUGAACUUUAACUUUGGUGCAUCGCCAUGCUUGACUUUUGUCUCAAACUCGUUUGGGAUGAAUAAUGACUGAUUCUCGCAUGGUCUCAUCAGUAUUUUGAUUCCAAACCCCAGCUCAACACAGUGUUUAAGUUACGUAUUUGUUUACAUGAAAGAUAUGGUUUAUUAAAACUAUAAGAUAUUUAUGUGUGGUAACCGUUUGUGAUUUUUGUUAAAGGUCUGUUGUAAAUUGAUAUUUUAUUGCAAACUGAGGAUUUUUAUUCCUCCUAGCACUAGAUGAUUAUAAUGUUAAGUUGUUAACUACAUUAAACACACACAUAUUUUUAUACAACACACAACCAGAUAUUUGGGGAUUAAAGAUUUUAUUUAUAUGAG